UCAUCCGAAGUAUACUGGCUGAAUACAUACGGACUUCGGAAAUCUCGCACGUUUGCCAAGCAAGCUAAAGGCCGACAAAACAAUGGCUGACGACGAAGAUAUCGAGAACUUUGAUGAGGACUUUGAUGACGGAGACGAACAACUUGAUGAUCUUCCAAACGAAGAGGAAGCCGAUGAUGGAGACCACAUUGACGUGUUACCGGCUGGAGAGGGCGUGCAGCAAACAGAGAGAAUUACAACACCAUACAUGACAAAAUAUGAGCGGGCGAGAGUGUUGGGAACAAGAGCGUUACAGAUAGCGAUGAAUGCUCCUGUUAUGGUGGAACUUGAAGGGGAAACUGAUCCUCUACAGAUUGCUAUGAAAGAACUCAAAGCAAGAAAGAUCCCAAUCAUCGUCCGACGUUACCUCCCCGAUGGAAGCUAUGAGGAUUGGGGGUGCGAUGAACUUGUUAUCGACUGAGACCAUUGGUGAUCUAUAAAAACAAUUAAAUGAAAAUAGACUUCCAGCAUUGACAGUGGUAUUUGAAGUGGUGAAACUUUGCAAUGUCAAGGAGUGUGAUUCCUACAUUGCUGGAUUUGGGGAGAAAAUGUUGAUGGAA